GGAUGAGCGACGAGGAGCUCAUGGAGCAGUGCGAUAUGGGCACGUUCAAGGCGUCCGGCCCCGGCGGCCAGCACCGCAACAAGCGCGAGUCCGCCGUCCGGCUGAAACACCUUCCCACCGGCAUCAUCGCCCAGGUCGUUGUGGAGGAUCGGUCACAACAUAAGAACCGAGCGUCUGCUUUAUCUCGGCUUCCAACCCUGAUUGCUCUUAAAGUUAGGAGGCCGAUAAACCUGGAAGACUACACUCCACCUGUUGAGCUUCUUCAGAUAUUACCCCUGAAGUCCAGCGUUAGAGGAAAAGAUGUUGGCCCCCAAAUCGGUCCAAAUAACUCAAAAUUUUCUCCAGAAAUGCAAGCAUUAUUAGACCUGCUGUUUGCUGUUGAAGGUUCUGUAUCAGAUGCAACAAAGAUUUUAGUCCUAAGCACUGGUGCUUUGUCAAGAUUGAUUCUGUCAGAUGAUUCUCUCCGAACGACCGCGAAUGAACUGCGAGCUUCGAAGCCAUUGUUGUCUUAG